ACUGCAGGCAGCAGGGUGUGGCCUUCACCAGCCUGUUAAACAUAGCAGAGUUUAAAUGUUGAACAGUCACACCACCUCUGCCCUGCUCCGCUCCUCACUCGGGGUUUCCUUCAGUUUCAGUCCAGCAUCCAGCAGGGGAAGGCCUACAGAAUUAGAAGUUUGCUGCUGGUCGACAGGAGAUGUCUGUGCCGCUGCCAGUGCUGCUGUGUCUGCUGGUCAUCCAGAUAUGUUUGGGAGAUCAGCCUGUGGAGGAAGUCAUCACAACCAAAAAUGUUCCUCUUCUGGGUGGCUGGUCUGAGAGGAGUCCAGAGUCAGCUGACGUCCAGGCAGCAGCCAAACACGCCGUCAACAUCUUUAACAAGGACUCCAGGAGCAAGAAGACCUUCAAGCUGGUCUCCGUCACCAGCGCUCACAGCCAGGCCACCAACAUGAUCAACUUCAAGAUUGAUGCAGUCCUGGGAAAAACCAAGUGUCUCAAGUCUGAAAACCACGACCUGGAGAGCUGCAGUCUGGCAAAAAGGCAUGUCCGGUGCCACUUCGUUGUGUCAUUCAACCCCCGGAACAGCAAACAUGAGCUGAUGAAAAGCAAGUGCAGGAAACAUGCAGAGAAGGCCUAACUUUCUCAUCGACUUGGCUUGAUUUUUUAGAGCUUUGAAUGCCUUCUUUACUGUUUUCUUUUUCCACAUUUUUUACUGUUUUAAAUUGAUUUAAAUUGGUGGAUGUGAUGGAUGUGUGGUUUGGUAUAAAAACGAACAAAUCAAACAAUAAAAUGAACUUCUGAUGGUUUGUGUAACCAUA